AGGAAUCGAAAGAAUCAAACUGGGAGUCCGGGAGUUGAGGAAUCGAAAGAAUCAAAGGAAUCGCAGAGUUGAUGAGUCGCCAAAAGAAUUGAAGAGUUGAAAUCCGACACCGGGAGUUGAGGAAUCGAAGGAAUCAAAAGAAUCGAAGAGUUGAAAUCCGACUCCGGGAGUUGAAGAUUUUCUUAGAAGAAUCAAAAAGAGUUGUUACAGGAAAAAGAAUCGUCCGGAAACGUAUGACGUAUCCGUCCCCUCCAGUUACCUGAACUGAACCGCAACUCACUUAAAGGAAUCGAUUGGGGGAUCGAUUCUUUUAGAUGAGUCGAUUCUUUUGCCCAUCUCUACAGUAUUGGGUAUCACAGUCGAGGGAUUGUAUACAUACAAUACUUUCUUCAUAUUAUUUACAAUUAAAAAUACUCCGGCAGAACCACCAGUAUGGUUACGACUCAGAUACCCUAACUACACAGCUACCGCAGUCUCCUUCCUACGUAUUUGUUUUAACAUUAGUUUAAAAUUAUGUUCAGCUGAAUUUUCUUAAGACUGCACACCUACUUCACAUUCAAUUGAAAGAAUUGUUUGCCAGGAGUGAAAUGGAGUACUUCUCAGAAAUAACGACAGCAUGCGACAAGCCGGGUAAGAUAAAUGCUGUUCUCAUGGGAAGAAAGACGUGGGAUUCAAUCCCGAAAAAGUUCAAACCACUGCCACGACGAUUGAACGUCAUUUUAUCACAUUCUCUAAAGAAUGAGGAUACUGACAAUGUUCUUUAUGCACAGAGCUUCCCCCAAGCACUUGAAAAAUUGAGCACCAUGCGAGAAAAAUUAAACAAACUGUGGGUCAUUGGUGGCCUUAUGAUUUAUAAAGAAGCUUUGGAACAUCCAAGUUGCGAUAAAGUUUAUUUGACUAAGAUUUACAAAAAUUUUGAAUGUGAUACAUUCCUUCCAGAAUUACCUCUACAUUUUGAUGUUACCAAAGACGACGCAGUGCCUCAAGGUAUGCAGGAAGAGAAUGGAAUUCAGUAUGAGGUUCUAGUUUAUCAAAACCAAAACCAAAAUAAAGUAUGAAAAUUUGUGACUACAUGUCUCAGAUUUUAAUAUUUACAUACUCUUAUCAAAUUA